GGACAUUGCGACGUUUGCGGGUCACUACUUUCUCUCGUCAUCAUUCUGCGACAUCUCUACUAGCGCUAUUAAAAACCACAACAUAAACUCCCAAACAAAGUAAACGUUGCUGAUUGUAUGUGGAUCGUAAAAAAUCAAUGUUGACACGUAGCCAUACCAGGCCACACUGCAUAGUGCUGUUCUUUGAGCGCGGUUGGGAUGGGCCAGCAGAUCUCAGGCCAGGCGGUGAUGACCCGUCUACCUGAGAAGCUGGUGAAGCAUGCUGGGCUGGUACGCGACAGCGGCUAUCUCAACUACGAGGAGUUCCUGGCCAGGGUGGCAGAGCUCAAUGACGUGACGGCUAAGCUAGCAGCUGGACAGCAAAAACACCUGAUCUUUGAAGUCCAGACUGGCUCGGACACCUCUGCUCUGUGGAAAGUGGCUGUGAGGAUAGUUUGUACCAAGAUCAACAAAGAGAAUGGGAUGGUGGAGGCGUCUCGCAUCAUGAACCUGUAUCAGUUCAUCCAGCUGUACCAUGACAUCACCAGUCAGGCAGUGGAGGUGCUGUCAGCAGAGGGCGCCAGCCUCCCGUCAGGGGACUCCUGCCAGGCCAGCAUGUGGAUGGGCAGGGUGAAGCAGUUAACUGAUGAGGAGGAGUGCUGCAUCUGCAUGGAUGGUAAAUCUGACCUCAUUCUGCCCUGUGCUCACAGCUUCUGUCAAAAGUGCAUUGACAAGUGGAGUGGGCAGAGCAGGAAUUGUCCGAUAUGCCGCUUGCAAGUGACCGCUGCCAAUGAGUCGUGGGUGAUGCCUGAUGCCCCUACAGAGGACGACGUAGCUGGCUAUAUCCUCAACCUGGCUGACGAGGCAGGCCAUCCGCACAUACCUUAAGCUACUCAAUACUAAGACACUUUGAUUAACCACUGACAACCAAACUGACAUCAAGAAUAGUUCGGGGAAGGGUUUGGAGUUUUUCGCCAGGUUUUGGGGGUAUGUAGAGAAGAUGGGUUGCUUUAUAGGAAUUUGCCGGUUGUGAUUAUUUCUUUUUGCUCUUUUCCAUAUUUCAAGAUUACUUUUACAUGAUUGCUCUUAAACUUGUGUGUGUAUAUACAGUGCCUUCGAAAGGUAUUCAGCCCCCUUGACUUUUCCCACAUUUUUUUAACGUUACAGCCUUAUUCUAAAAUGGAUUAUAUUAUUGAUUAUAUGUGUGUAUAUAUUUAUAUAUAUAUAUAUAAGUCCUCACCGAUCUGCACACAACUCUAAUGAAAACAGGUUUAUAAAUUUGAGGUGCCUAUAAUUUAAAAAAGAAACUGAAAUAUCACAUUUACAUAAGUAUAAGACUCGAAAUUGAGCUCAGGUGCAUCUUGUUUCCAUUGAUCAUCCUUAAUGUUUCUACAACUUGAUUGGAGUCCAACCUGUGAUAGAUUAAAUUGAUUGGACAUGAUUUGGAAAGGCACACAUCUGUCUAUAUGCAUGUCAGAGCAAAACCAAGCCAUGAGGUUGAAGGAAUUGCCUGUAGAGCUCCGAGACAGGAUUGUGUCGAGGCACAGAUCUGGGGAAGGGUACCAAGACAUUUAUGCAGUAUUGAAGGUCCCCAACAACACAUUGGCCCCCAUCCUUCUUAAAUGGAAGAAGUUUUGAACCACCAAAACUCCUAGAGCUGGCCAAACUGAGCAAUCGGGGGAGAAUGGCCUUGGUCAGGGAGGUGACCAAGAACUCGAUGGUCACUGACACUGCUCUAGAGUUCCUCUGUGGAGAUGGGAGAACCUUCCAGAAGGACAAACAUCUCUUCAGCACUCUACCAAUCAGGCCUUUAUGGUACAGGGGCCAGACGAAGCCACUACUCAGAAGGCACAUGACAGCCCACUUGGAGUUUGCCAAAUGACACCUGAAAGACUCCAGACCAUGAAAAACAAGAUUGAACUCUUCGGCCUGAAUGCCAAUCGUCAUGUCUGGAGGAAAGCUGGCACCAUCCUUAUUGUGGUGGCAGCAUCAUGCUGUGGGGAUGUUUUUCAGUGGCAGGGACUGGGAAACUAGACCGGAUCAAGGGAAAGAUGAAUGGAGCAAAAUGUAAAGAUCCAUAUGAAAACCUGCUCAGGACCUCAGACUGGAGAGAAGGUUCACCUUCCAACAGGACAAUGACCCUAAACGCACAGCAAGACAAUGCCGGAGUCCCAAUGUCCUUAAGUGGCCCAGCCAGAGCCCGGACUUGAACCCGAUUGGACAUCUCUGGCGAGAGCUGGAAAUAGUUGUGCAGCAAUGCUCCCCAUCCAACCUGAAAGAGCUUGAGAGAAUCUGCAGAGAAGAAUGGGAGAAUCUCCCCAAAUACAGGUGUGCCUAGCUUGUCGCUUCAUACCCAAUAAGACUCAGGGAUGUAAUUGCUGCCAAAGGUGCUUCAACAAAGUACUGAGUAAAGGAUCUGACAACUUAUGUAAAUGUAACAUUUCAUUAUUUUUAGGAAUUAGCAAAAAUGUCAACUGUUUUUGCUUUGUCGUUUAUGGGUUAUGAUUUGGAAAGGCACACAGGACAAUGUUAUCAGUUUUAGAAUAAAGCUGUAACCUAACAAAAUGUGAAAUGUCUGAGUACUUUCUGAAGGCACUAUAUACAGUACCAGUCAAGUUUAGACACACCUACUCAUUCAAGGGUUUUCCUUUGUUUUUACUAUUUUUUUUAAAACUUUCAACUAUGACAACACAUGGAUUCAUGUAGUAACCAAAAAAGAAAUCAAAAUAGAUUUUAGAUUCUUCAAAGUAGCCACCCUUUGCCUUGACAGCUUUGCACACUCUUGGUGUUCUCUCAACCAGCUUCACCUGGAAUGCUUUUCAAACAGUCUUGAGUUCCCACAUAUGCUGAGCACUUGUUGGCUGCUUUUCCUUCACUCUGUGUUCCAACUCAUCCCAAACCAUCUCAAUUGGGUGGAGGCCAGGUCAUCUGAUGCAGCAUUCCAUCACUGUCCUUCUUGGUCAAAUAGCCCUUACACAACCUGGAGGUGUGUUGGGUCAUUGUCCUGUUGAAAAACAAAUGAUAGUCCCACUAAGCGAAAACCAGAUGGGAUGGCGUAUCGCUGCAGAAUGCUGUGGUAAACAUGCUGGUUAAGUGUUCCUUGAAUUCAAAAUCAAUCCGUGUCACCAGCAAAGCACCAUUACACCACCUCCUCCAUGCUUUACGGUGGGAACCACAUGUGGAGAUCAUCUGUUUACAGAUUUGCACUGGUCUCAUGUCCAUUGCUCGUGUUUCUUGGUCCAAGCAAGUCUCUUCUUCAUAUUGGUGUCCUUCAGCAGUGGUUUCUUUGCAGCAAUUCGAACAUGAAGGCCUGAUUCCCGCAGUUUUCUCUGAACAGUUGAUGUUACUGUUACUCUGUGAAGCAUUUAUUUGGGCUGCGAUUUCUGAGGUGCACUUAACGCUAAUGAACUUAUCCUCUGCAGGAUAAGUAACUCUGUCUUCAUUCCCUGUGGCGGUCCUCAUGAGAGACUGUUUCAUCAUGGUGAGUGAUGGUUUUUGCGACUGCACUUGAAGAAACGUUCCAAGUUCUUUACAUUUUCCAAAUUGACUGACCUUCAUGGCUUAAGUAAUGAUGGACUGUCAUUUUCUCUUUGCUUAUUUGAGCUGUUGUUGCCAUAACAUGGACUUGGUCUUUUAACAAAUAGGGCAAUCUUCUGUAUACCACCCCUACCUUGUCACAACACAACUGAUUGGCUCAAACACAUUAAUAAGGAAAGAAAUUCCACAAAUGAACUUGCAUUCCAGGUGACUACCUCAUGAAGCUGGUUGAGAGAAUGCCAAGAGUGUGAAAAACCCUGGAAUGAGUAGGUGUGUCAACUUCUGACUAAGGUGUGUGUGUGUGUGUGUACACAAUCUCUCCACAAUAAUAUAUAAACCAAGCACAUUGUUUCGUUAUAACUACUCUUAUAAUUGCACUUAGUAGAUGUUUUUAUAGGCACCUCGAACUGCUGUGGAAAUGUCCAUAAAUCACUAAUCACACAACUUCUGUACUUUUAUUUUUUUUAUUUGAAUUUUGAAAUCCUAUAACACACUCUGAAUGGUUUGGUAUUUGAUGAAAUGUGAAAAUGUAAGUACAAUAAUCUCAUGGAUGCUUCAGCCACGAUAAUCUUUAUAUUUUCUCCUCAAUGUUAUUUAGAUGAGGUGAUGUCUCCCCAAAAAUGUAGCUUUUAGUUUAAAUAUGAAUCAGUAAAACAAAAAUGUCAUCGUUUAUCAAAAUAAUUUCUAUAUCAUGAGUACUUAAGCAAGGCCAGUGCAUUGGAUGUUUUAAAUAUUUAACUUUUUAUUACGUGUGAGGCUGAGUGAAUGUUAAAAUAGUACUACAUAAUAUAUUUGGAAUGUGUUAUUCCCAUUAGGGAACUGAAGAUUUGAGCUGUAUGUACUUUACUCAUGACUGGCUGGUACUAUACUGAACAAAAAUUUAAACGCAACAUGUGAAGCAAAUGUUUCAUCCGUUUAAAUAAAAGAUCCCAGAAAUUGUCCAUAUGCACAAAAAACUUAAUUCUCUUAUUUUGUGCACACAUUUGUUUACAUCCCUCUAGUGAGCAUUUCUCCUUUGCCAAGAAAAUUAAUCCACCUGACCGGUGAGAUAUAUCAAGAAGCUGAUUAAACCAUGAUCUGUACACAGGUGCACCUUGUGCUGGGAACAAAAGGCUACUCUAAAAACGUGCAGUUUUUCUCAAGUUUUGAGGGUGCAUGCAAUUUGCAUGCUGACUGCAGGAAUGUCCGCCAGAGAAUUUAAUGUUCAAUUCUCUACCAUAAACUGUCUCAGUCCUUUUUGAUAAUAUGGCAGUACAACCACAGAUCACCUGUAACCACGCCCAGGACCUCCACAUCCGGCUACUUCACAUGCAGGAUUGUCUGAGACCAGCCACCAGGACAGCUGAUGAAACUGUGGGUUUGCGAAAGUGCCGGCAUAAGCUAAGGACAACGAACACAAUUGCAUUUUAUCGAUGGCAAUUUAAAUGCACAGAUACCGAGAUGAGAUCUCAAAGCCCAUUGUCUGCCGCCAUCACCCAAUGUCACCAACGUACGGCGACCUCGCCUUUCCUUCAGGACUGCCGCGCGAAAGAAAUGUCAUGCUGCACAGAGACGCAAACGAUUGAACUUCAUUGAGUUCGCACCAUUCAUUUGCACUAUAUAGAUCAACAUAAAGGACUUUUCAAUGCAACCAACCAAAACAAAUCUAACUCUGCAAGUUUGUGUCUUUGAUUUUGUUGUAGGCAGAGCCAGAGUUCUAUUGGCGUGGGUAGCCCACUUGCGCUCUUUCAAACACUCGCGAGGUAAUGCGCUUGUCAGAUCAGAGCGCAGAUUUGUAGCUAUUCUUUGCUAGUUAUCGAGUUAUCCCAGUUAUAGAUACGUGUAUAGGUCAGCAAUGGGGAUUUGCUGCUUCAUACCAGAGCACAAAACGUGUAGGCUACAUUUUAAGCUGUCUUUGAAAAGCCGGUCAGGCAAAAAGCGUAUGUCUUAAUUAAAGUAGCAGUGUUGUAUUUUGAGACAGGCUUGAAUAUGCAAAUACGGCAAUGGACAGAGGGGUAGCCUACAUUGUCAAAUUUCUGUAUGGUGAUAAUACAUUUUAUUUUGUAAAGCCACUUCUUGCAUUGUUCAAUGAAUACAAUUUACAGUCAGAUAUUUGGCCCAUGGUGUUACAGACCAAGUAAGAAACGUAAUGUAAAACACUUUUUUAAAUGUCUCAUGCAAUAUAGGCCUGCACUGAACACCACAUAUAGGCUAGAUCCUAUAAAUUAAAAGCUUAUUCCGUGUGAAAAUGUUAUGGGAUUCGUUCCAUUGGUUUUGUUGGGAGGCCUACAUUAUGCUCAAAAUCACAAUGGCCUAUUGGCUACUGUCAAACUGUAAGGGUACGGCCUCAGUGUUCACUGUAAACAAAUGCGGGAGGUUGCACAAAAUUCUCACUAUGUUAAAGUUUCCGCUCACGAGCAAAAAUGUGCUCAGUUCCCCCAAAAAUUAGAGAGAACAUUUUGUAACCCACUGAGCAUGUUUGGGAUGCUCUGGAUUGACGUGUACGACAGCGUAUUCCAGUUCCCACCAAUAUGCAGCCAUUGAAAAGGAGUGGAACAACAUUCCACAAGCAACAGCCUGAUCAAGUUUAUGUGAAGGAGAUGUGUUGCGCUGCAUGAGUCAAAUGGUGGUCACACCUGAUACUGACUGGUUUUCUGAUCCAACAGAUGCAUAGCAUAUCUGUAUUCCCAGUCAUGUGAAACCCAUAGAUGAGGGCCCAAUUAAUGUAUUGACUUUGACUGAUUUCCCUAUAUGAAUUGUAACAGUGUACUUGAACAACAUUUUAAUGAAUGUUUUAAAAUUAGUCCACAGAAAAUAUGUAAAAUCAAAUCUGACCAAAUGAUUUAGUGUUUAAUGUUGACCAAUUGCACUUUUGAAUAUUUUUGUAGUUUACUGUGAUUAUUAGUGCAUUUUUGAGUAAAGGGUUGUUCCAUAUGAUUUUGAUCACUUUCUGACUGCACCCCUUUUGAUUUGAACAACACCUUCCAUACAUGUUCACCCACGGAAGAAGAGGUCAGAAAGUGACCUUUUGGACCUGAAUGCCAAAAUAUUAAGGAGAUAAAGGUGCUCAAAGUUGACCCAUUUUGCAUACCCCACCCUACCAUGAAGACACCUGUCUUCAUCACUGAAAAAGAUAAACGGUUGAGUUUGAUAUCAUUUGAAAGUUUACACACAUGGUUGUCAAACUGUUUUUUUUUUAUAUAUAAAACAUACGUUUUAAUGUUGGCUAUUUUAAAGCUUUAAUGUCCAUUAUUUAUAAAGGCAUAAACUCUGUUUCAUGUUCAUAUACAGUACCUGUCAAAAGUUUGGACACCUACCUCAUUCCAGGGUUUUUCUUUAUUUUUACUAUUUUCUACAUUGUAGGAACAGUAGUGAAGGCAUCAACACUAUGAAAUUACAUAUUCUCUUAACCAGCUUAAUCUGGAAUGCUUUUCUAGCAGUCUUGAAGGAGUUCUAACGUAUGCUGAGUACUUGUUGGCUGCUUUUCCUUUUUUAUUUAAUUUUUUAUUGUCCCCAGCAGGUGCAGUUUAAUCAGCUUCUUGAUAUGCCACACCUGUCAGGUGGAUGGGUUAUCUUGGCGAAGGAGAAAUGGCAUAUUACAUCAUUAUGCAGCAUAUUUGGACUCGCCUUGUUGUGCUCACUUGAACAGGAAGGUGGCGCGGCGGUCCUUCGUGGGCAAAUUUUGUCAUCAAAGUCUGGCAUUCUCUGGAUUUAUGGUGCUAUCAAGACAACUGAGAACUCUGGGGGAGGUUGAAUCAUGAUGACAUCCGUGAUCUUCACAAGCCACAAGUAGCUCUAGAAAGAGGCCUGAGUUCCCGACUUACAAUUCCCGAGAUGGAUGAGCAUUCAAAACAUAUUUUCCCAGUCGGAGCUAGUUUUCUCCCCCCAAGUUCCCAGUUGUCAGAAUUCCCAGUUCAGAGUUAAGUUGUUUUGAGCGUGGGUCAAAUCAUCCUUCUUUGACAGCAUGGCCAAUGCUGAAUGUUUUUCAUUUAAAGCUUGGAAAAGAGACCCUUAAACCCAGACUUGGGACCACACAGCCACUCCACUGGAUAGCAGGCUAGCGAUUGCUUUGCAAUGCUUGCAGUUAGCCACUGAUUCCUUCCAUUCACUGAAUUCACUGAAUUUGUGAUUUCCAACUUGUUGUGUAAUGUUUUUAUGUCCAAUGACCAUUGAGUACCGAUACGUUUUUAUCUAUAAUUUCUCUUCAUAUGACAAGGAUUAAAAAGGAUUUGCCAGUAGAUUGUCUACUUAAUUCAUGAUGUUGACUGCUAGCUAAGAUUUUGAAAGUAUGAUGUUGACAUGAUCAGUCCAAUCAAAGCUACUGUAGAUAUGUGAUUUGAUGUAAUUUUAUCUGUGGCCAAUGACCUUGAGACUUAUUGGAUGGGCACUUCUAAUGUAACUAUAUGGCAGCACCCAAGGGGCUUGAAUUUUCUAGCUCUCCGCACUGAGCCAAUCACAGCGCAACGCUCCGUAUUUUCUGCUGGCUUGCCCCACUACCACAGAAAGCAUUUGGCUAGGCUGAAACACCUCCAUUUUGGAGCUGCCUUACUCAAGAAAACAAAAAAGAGACCAUGUUUGUAUUCCUUAUAUUAAGCAAGCCAGAAUGCACAAUUAUUAUUUAUUUUAUUAUGUACGUAUUGCCAGGGGCACACUCCAACAUACUCAGACAUAAUUCACAUUAAGCAUUUGUGUUUAGUGAGCCUGCCAGAUCAGAGGGAGUAGGGAUGACCAGGGAUGUUCUCUUAAGUGUGUGAAUCGGACCAAAAUGUAACUUUUGGAGGUCAGGGAAAAUGUAUGGAGUGAAAAGUACAUUAUUUUCUUUAGGAAUGUAGUGGAGUAAAAAUAGUCAUAUCUAUAGUAAAGUACAGAUACCCCCCCCAAAAAGGACUUAAGUAGUACUUUACAGUAUUUUUACUUAAGUACUUUACACCACUGAUUAAAUAAACCAAUACCAUUGGCUAAGAAAGAAGUUCAUAUUUUGCACAUAUAUGUAUUUUGUCUUCUAUUAUAUUAAAAGAGUUUUGACAACU